AUGGUGAAGAUAUCGUUUUCCACCGUCGUCGCGGCGUUUUAUACGCUCGUAUGCACGGCCUCCGCGACCCCCACGCCAGUACAAUUCUGCCCAGUCCAAUGGGUAUGCUACCAAGUGGGGAUACCGCGGGCUUCUGCAGGCAGGAAUGACAGCAGCAUGUACCUGCAGCUACGAGCGCCGAUAUCGUACUCGUGGGUGGCCUUCGGUACGGGAGAGUAUAUGAAAGAUUCGAGAAUAUAUGUGAUGUACCAGGACGGCAACGGCAACGUGACGGUAUCCGCACGCGCCGGAACUGAACAUACUAUGCCACGCCGGGACCCAUCCAUACAGUUAGAACUCCUCGGCGGUAGCGGAGUCGUGGAUGGGAAAAGUGGACAAAAGAUGGUCGCUAACGUCCGGUGCGGAAACUGCGGCACAUGGCCGGGGAACACGACGGGCCAGGACGCGAGCGGGACGCCGUGGAUCGCGGCGUGGAAGAAGGGCGACGCGGUCCACAGCGCGGACCCGGACGCGAAGAUCCAGUACCACGAGGGGCACGACACGUGGGAGUUCGACUUGACGGAAGCCACUAUCGACGACGACGACGUGAACCCAUUCGACCACGUGGAGCAGGAUGACGAUGACGACCGCGGCACGAGCAUCAGCCUUAACAACAAGAACACUGUGAUCGCUUGUCAUGGUGUGUUAAUGUCCAUCGUGAUGGUCCUAUUUUACCCGGUGGGCGCGGCGCUCAUGCCCCUCGCCGGCAACUGGUUUCCACAUACGAUGGUGCAGCUCGCCAGCUACAUACUGAUGUGGAUUGCUUUUAGCUUCGGAGUGACCGCGGCGGGCCUUCUAGGCUACGACUUCUACUCGCCACAUUUGCUCCUCGGCACUAUCGUGGUAGGCCUGAUGGGGCUGCAACCCGUUCUGGGCUGUCUUCACCACAUUCACUACCAGAGACAUCAGACGCGAAAUUUUCUGUCGCACGCCCAUCGGUGGUACGGCCGUGUCUUGAUGCUCCUGGGCAUAGUUAACGGCGGGCUGGGCCUGAUGCUCGCGAGGGAGACUACGGAACCCAUAGUGCUGUACUGCGUUUUUGCCGUGCUGACGUCCCUCUUUUAUAUUGUUGCCUCCGAUUUCGUCCAAGAGCUCUACCUCAAGGAGCUCAAGGCUUACAAGCCACCCCCUGGCAAGGACACUGACGCCGCCAGCCAGGUCCAAACCUUCUCGCUUCCCAAGACCCCUAAGUCUCCCGAGGAGACCGACUUAGCUAGCAGCCUGAAGGAGUACGAGAACAUGGCCGUCGAGGUGGAAGGAAACGAAGGUGCCGCCGCCAACUCGUCAACGCCCGCCGUCGUAGAAGACUGGCUGGUGGAUGAGGAGGAAGACGAGGAACAUGCCGCUCACCAUUAA